UUUGAAGCGAUUCAGCUGAUUGCCAAACGCACAACCAUUCCCACCUUUUUCUCCUCUCCCUCCCCCGACAUCGCUCGCAGUGCAAUCUCUCCUUUUUCUUGCAGAGGAAUUCGAGGCAGAUCGCUCGCUGCGUCGAGUAGAAAGCGAGAGAGAACGUGAUUUCAGCUGCAAAAUAUAGAUUGGAGCAAGAAAAAAGAUGAUUAGGUCCAGUAGUACGGCUUAGAUUGGGUCCAAGAAAGGGGAAGAGUGGUGAGGAGAUCUAGGGUUUUUCAGCGGAAGGAGGAGGUGGAGAUGAAGGUGGUAGUGGGGAGCCCGGGGACUUGGAGUGGGCUACUACUGAGGACCGGGCAGUGCGUCUUUGCAGGGGCUUCCAUUGGGGUUAUGGUCUCCGCAUUAGGGUUCUCCAACUACACUGCUUUCUGCUAUUUAAUUGCUUCUAUGGGGCUACAAGUUUUGUGGAGUUUGGGACUCGCAUGCCUUGAUGUCUAUGCCCUAAAGAUCAAAAGGGAUCUCCAUAACCCGGUCCUAGUUAGCUUGUUCGUGGUUGGUGACUGGGUAACGGCAACACUAUCACUUGCAGCUGCAUGCUCCUCAGCUGGUGUCACAGUAUUGUUUGCGAGGGAUGUGCACUUCUGCCGAACAAUUCCUCAGUUCUCAUGUGGCAGGUUCGAAAUCUCCGUCGCUUUUGCGUUUGUUACAUGGUUGUUGAUUUCCAUGUCCUCAUUAGUGAUGUUUUGGCUCCUGGCAUCAGUAUAACUGUUCUUGUAUGCUUUUCUUCAUAGCAAAAGAGAAGCCAAAACUCAUAUGUAAGCAUUUGUUUUCUCCCUCGAGCUGUAGCAAUUCGAAUGUUUCUUAUGGACUCUGUCUUUGCUUGAA